AUUGCGCCAUGCGAUAAGCAGCACAGACCCAGGAGGCAUGAAAUUACCGUGGAGUACAACUCGGAUUCAGUCAGAGCUCAUUUGUCAGGCAGUAAGCAGACGUUUGAUAGGGUGUGCGUGAAGUGCGUGAAGCGAGAGGGCGGGACAUGCUGACUGAACGCUGUUUGACUGGACGAUCUGUUCGUGCGUGCGUGCUGCUGAGUGCGCAGGAGACGAGGGGGAGGGUCAGUUUGCCAUGGAAGACUCCAUUGAAGUAAUCCUGCAAAACUAUAGCGGGGUCUUCCCUACCAACAGACCUCAUCCCAUCUUCUCAGCCUGCACAGGUGCUCUGCUUACAGGCCUGUACGGAUUAUGGAGCCUCUUCACCCUACCGGGCUUCCGCAAAAUCCCAUGGAGGCUCAAGACAGCGGUGCCCUAUUUGCCCUCCAGUAAAGAUCAGACUGCGAACGUGAUGAAGCUGCUUGAGGGUAGAUCAGGUCGCUUGGCAGAUCUGGGAUCAGGAGAUGGAAGACUGGUAUUUGCAGCCUCUGCUGCUGGUUUCCAGUCCACAGGCUUUGAAAUAAACUCCAUUUUAGUGGCAUAUGCCAGGAGCAAGGCCUGCUGGACAGGAGUCCCCUCCAGGCAGGCAGUCUUUGUUAAAAAAGAUUUCUGGAAGACCGAUUUGUCUCCAUACAAUAAUGUGACAGCGUUCCUUGCUCCGGGAGUGAUGGAGGUGCUCGGAGAGAAGCUGUUGAAAGAGCUUUCAGAUGACGCGCUUGUUAUCGCUUGUCGCUUUCCUUUCCCUAACUGGCCACAGCAGUCAUCCGCUGGCUUCGGACUUGAUCAGACCUUUGCUUACGACAUCAGCACUGUGCGCUCGUACCUUAGAAGCGAAGCAAAACCAGCAGUGCAAUAAAAUUACAGCACUUUCUAGAAUUGUAACUCAAAACAGCACUGUACCCUCCUGGGACUUUGUUCUUGGACAGUAAGUGCAAUAUAAUAUGAUAAGAAUCCCAGACAAAGAGAGCAUAAAUUGGUAGUCUGGCAGUUAUAAGCACUGACCAGGAGAGAUCGUUCAAAGAAGUCUUUGAACAUGGAAGGACUCUGACUCGGCAGCAAAAUGUCAGGAUGAUUUCACCUGACGCGUGUACUAUUUUUUUUUAAGUCUUUGCACUUUCAGAGCCAAUGGAGUUUAAGCCAUAAUGCUGAAGUCCUUGUUUUAAAUGUCAUCAUGCUUCACUAUAAAGAAUAUGUUUGUGACUGACUGCAACUCUCCUCGAGAGCUCUCACACUGCAAGCCAUUUAUUUCCAGCAUCAGCACCGAUAAAUGUCCUUCACUGGGAUGCUGCAGGAGAGUCUGUGAAUAGUUUUGUUUCAUUUUGGUUUUGUGACACUGACAUUAAAUUCAAAUGCUGUGGUUUCUUGUGUGUGUGUGGCUUUUCUAAAAUAAAUGGCUGCGGCCACAGCUGGAGGUCAGGUUUAACAUUGGUUUGUUGGGUCUUUUGA